ACGGCCUUUCUUCUGAACAGCCUGCUUUGUGGCUCCCUCAGAAAUCCUAUAACCAACGCCAGGCCCAGGGAGCAGCCUCUGUCCGUUGCCCCUCUUGCCCAAGUUGGGGACACACCCGAAUACACCAACACCGUUGACGUCUCUGCUUUCUGCUUCACAGCACUGUCGCCGCCCGCGCCCGCCAUGGCCGACGCCACGCCCUCACAAGUGCGCCAGAACUACCACCCUGAAUGCGAGGCCGCUGUCAACGACCACAUCCACGUGCAGCUCUACGCCUCCUACGUGGCCCUGUCCUUGGCCUUCUUCUUCGACCGCGAUGACGUGGCGCUGAAGGACUUUGCUAGCUACUUCCUGAAGCGCUCACAGAUCGAGAGGGAGCGCGCGGAGAAGAUGAUGAGGAUGCAGAACAAGCGCGGAGGCCGAAACGUCUUCCCCAGAAUCCACAAGCCCGACCACUACGACAAGGAGAGCGCCCUCGAGGCCAUGGAGAGCGCCAUCUUCCUGGCCAAGUGCGUCAACCAGAGCCUCCUGGAUCUGCACGAGCUGGCCACCAGCAUGGGUGAUGUCCACCUCUGCUACUUCCUGGAGACCCACUAUAUGCAGCAGCAAGUCCAGGACAUUGAGGAGCUGGGGGGCUACUUGACCAACCUACGCAAAAUGGGGGCGCCAAACGUCAGCACGGUGGAGGUGGAGUACCUCUUUGAAAAGCUCAUGCUGGGCCAGGGCGGCAAGGAGAACUGAGCCAAAGGUGUUCCCACUACCUCGCAGAGAUGCUCCAGGGCCCAAUGAGUGCACUGCACUGCCCACAGGUUCACCUGUUUCUUCCCUUCAGUUUGAACAUUGUUUACAAUAAAGUUACAUGGUU